AUGCCGUUGCCAUCGAUGGACGACGCCUCCCCGCUACGACGCACUCGCGGCGCACUCGCCUGCCUUGCCUGCCGCGCUGCAAAGAGCAAGUGCGACGGACAGCAGCCCGACAAGAUCCUCGCCGCAGCAGCGGCAUCAUCAUCGUCGUCGUCGUCGUCGUCCUCGCUCCUCACCCAGCUAUCGCCCAACCCGUGCUCACGCUGCGCCAUGCACAAGCUACCUUGCCGCUGGAAACCGUGUCAGCGCACCGGCAGGCCGCGCAAGCAACCCACGCAGCCUCGCCCCGCAGACUCUUGUCGCCUCCCGGCCUCACCCCUGGCUGCUACCGACAUUGCCACAAGUGGCGACUACCGCGACAAGGACGGCGACAUCGUCCCCGCCACCUUGCCCCCCCGCGCAAGUGCAACACGCACCGCCGACCCCUCUGCGUGGAUCGCAGGACUCGACCUCGACGCGUCGUCCGCUCCCAACCUUGGCGCCCUUUACCAAGCGUCGUCCUCCACCGCAUUCGCCACACCAUUCUCGUGGGAUGCUCUCGACGCCCAGCUAUGGCCGCAGCCACUCGAGGCAUACCAGGACACCGCCGUCUCUUCCGAGAGUCUCUCGUCCUCCGCCGCCACCACCGACGACAGCGCCCUCUCGCCUUCGGACCAGAUGCGAAGGCUGGCUGGACUUGUCAGACCGCACUCGGCCCUGGUGCACAGCAGCAGUGCCAGCGCGUCCCCGCUCGACACCCUGCCUCAGUCGGAUGUUGUCUCUUUGGGCUUGAGCCGCUUUUUCGACAGUUUCGCGCUCUCUGUGCCGGUUCUCGGUGAGGCCGACGACUUUCUCAACCGCCUCUCACCGCGGCCGUCCAACCCAGCAGCGCUGUCCUGGGACGCUUCGGCUUCCAGCUCAUCGGCCCAGGACCGCAGCGAGGACCUCGCCGCCUCUCUUUCUGCUAAAGCAGCCGCUGUCAUCGGCCACUCGCUCUACCUCGGCACCUCUUCGGAGCAGGCAACCUCUCUAUUGGCGUCGCUCGAAACUUCGAUCGAGGCAAGGGGCGAUGGCACUUCGACUGAGCAGGAUGCCGCGACAUGCCUCGACCGCAUCGUCUGCCACCUUCUUCUGUCUUACGCCUACUACGGUCGCAACUUCCGCGACAAAGCAUCUCACCAGCUCGAUUGUGCGCUAGCGGUGGCCCGAAAGGCUUCGCUCGACUCUCUUGACGAUGCAGCACCCGGCUUCGGGCCCUUCAGCUCGUCCCCCGGCAAGCUAAAAGAAGCAGGCCGAAGGGCAUGGUGGGAGAUCUGCAUCGCCGACGUCAUGAUGAGCUCGAGCACCAGCGGAGAGAUUCCGAGAAGGCUCAAUACGCAGCCAAAAGCUCAGAGGGUUCGGAUACCUCAAGACCUCGGCUCGACGUCGAGCUCAGUCUACAUGCUGCGCAUUGAGGCUGUGUAUCUGAUGGCCGAAUGCAUCACCGAGCACGCAACGCCUUCCGUGGAGCGCCUCAGCUCGCUGGACGGCAUCUUGGCAAAUCUCAUCGCCCGAGCGCAAACCGCCUGGCUGACGGCCGCGCGCGCGCUGGCAAGCGCCGGCCGGGUGCGAGCGCCCAAGGCCGCGGCCACUCGCGAAGUCUGCCUUUUCGACACGGCUGUUCUGCUCCAUGCCUGCCGUAUCCAGUUGCAUCGCAAAGCUUGGUUCGCCGACCUGACCUUGGGUCUCGACUCGUGCAGCUUCAAAACUCAAGUGACGGACAGGCAGGACCCGGACCAGAGGCAGAUGCAGGUCAGCGUGGGCAGGAUUCUCGAGGCGUCUCGCAACAUCUCCAGACUCAUUCGAUACGACUUGGACUUGACGUUCGAGGAAGCGACGUCCUCACCGCUCUCAAGCCUAUCGUCGUCUGUAUCGAUACACGGGUCGGCGGCAAGCGGUUCGGCACCGCCACACUGGCCCUUUAUCGGGUGCUGUCUCAUGAUUGGCGCCUACGGCGGCUGGGUCUCGAUCGCCUCGACGUCGUCGUCGCCGCCAGAAGCGCAGUCGACGCCUUCGACAUCGAAUCACUCGAGCGACACGAGCGAUGCCGCCGACAGGCAGCAUUGGCUCCAUCGCGAGAUUGAGAGCGGCCUCGACCUGGCGUACACUUCGCUCGAGAGGCUCGCAGCCGUCUACCCCAUCGCCGACGUGUUCAGAGACGAGGUAAUACGGUGCCGAGAAAUGAUCGGGCUUCCGUAG